CUCGCUGCCCCUCCCCGUUGGUUUCCGCGCGAAAAGCUGGGCCGCCUGUGCUGUCGCCGGCUCUGCUGCAGCUUCCGAGAUGCCUGCCCGCACAGCCCCUGCCCGAGUGCCCACGCUGGCUUCCCGGGCUAUCUCACUGCCCGACGAUGUCCGCAGGCGGCUCAAAGAUUUGGAAAGAGAUAGUUUAACAGAAAAGGAGUGUGUGAAGGAGAAAUUGAAUCUCUUGCAUGAAUUUCUGCAAACAGAAAUUAAGAAUCAGCUAUGUGACUUGGAAACCAAAUUGCAUAAAGAAGAAUUAUCGGAGGAACGUUAUCUGGCUAAAGUAAAAUCCCUUUUAAAUAAAGAUUUGUCCUUGGAGAACGGAGCACAUGCUUUCAGUCGGGAAGUGAAUGGAUGUCUAGAGAACGGGAGCCAGACAAGUGGUGAAAACCACAGAGUGGGAAUGGCGGAUGCAAACAAGUCUCCCAAAACUGUUUCCAAGCCUUGCACACCCAGGAGAAGCAAGUCUGAUGGAGAAACGAAGUCCGACGUUUCACCUAGCCCCAGGAUUACAAGGCAAACUACCAGGCAGACCACCAUCACAUCUCAUUUUGCAAGGGGCCCUGCCAAACGGAAACCUGAGGAAGAGACUGAAAGAGCAAAAUUGGAAGAUACUGUUGAUGAAGAAGAAAAAGACCAGGAGGAAAAGAGACGUAGAGUUACAUCCAGAGAACCAGUUCCUGGACCACUCCCUGAAGAACCAGAAAGAAUAAAACCAGGGACACACAUGGAAGAGGAGGAAGAAAGAGAGGAAAAAGUACAGCCUGGUCAAGAAGAAAGGAGACUCAGAAGUCAAACCAAAGAACUAACACCUAAACAGAAAGUUAAGGAAGAACUGGACAGAGAAGCAAGACCUGGUGUUCAGGCUGAAAUGGUGGAUGAAGGGGAUGAGAAAGAUGAAAAGAGGCACAGAAGUCAACCCAAAGAUCUAGCUGCCAAACGGAGACCUGAAGAGAAAGAACCUGAAAGAGUGAAACCACAAGUUUCUGAUGAAAAAGAUGAGGAUGAAAAGGAGGAGAAGAGACGCAAAAUUGCAUCCAAAGAACAAUCUGAGAAGAAAAUGGCUCGAACCAAAACAGUAAUGUCUUCUAAGACUCAUCCUGUGAGGUGCCUUCAGUGUGGACAGUACCUGGAUGACCCAGAACUAAAGUAUGAACAGUUUCUCCCUGAUGCAGUGGAGGAGCCGCAGUUGUUGACAAAUGAGAAACUGUCCAUCUUUGAUGCCAAUGAAUCUGGCUUUGAGAGUUAUGAGGCUCUUCCCCAACACAAACUGACAUGCUUCAGUGUGUACUGUAAGCGUGGUCACCUCUGCCCAAUUGACACUGGCCUCAUUGAGAAAAAUGUCGAACUCUUCUUUUCUGGUUCAGCAAAACCAAUAUAUGAUGACAACCCAUCCUCUGAAGGUGGUGUUAAUGGCAAAAAUCUUGGUCCCAUAAAUGAAUGGUGGAUCGCUGGCUUUGAUGGAGGUGAAAAGGCUCUCAUGGGUUUUAGUACCUCAUUUGCCGACUACAUUCUGAUGGAUCCCAAUCCAGAGUAUGCACCAAUGUUUAGUGUGAUGCAGGAGAAGAUCUACAUAAGUAAGAUCGUGGUUGAAUUCCUGCAGAGCAACCCUGACUCCACCUAUGAAGAUUUGAUCAAUAAGAUUGAGACUACCGUUCCUCCUUCUGUGCUCAACCUGAAUCGAUUCACAGAGGAUUCUCUCCUUCGACAUGCCCAGUUUGUGGUAGAACAAGUAGAGAGUUAUGAUGAAGCUGGGGACAGUGAUGAGCAGCCCAUCUUCCUGACUCCCUGUAUGAGAGACCUGAUCAAGUUGGCUGGGGUCACCUUGGGGAAAAGGCGAAUGGAAAGACGUCGGACCAUCAAGCAUUCUGCCAAGGAUAAGGACAAGAAGGACAAAGGCCCCACAAAAGCUACCACUACCAAGCUGGUCUACCAGAUCUUUGACACUUUCUUCGCAGAGCAAAUUGAGAAGGAUGACAGAGAAGAAAAGGAGAAUACAUUUAAACGCCGGCGCUGUGGUGUCUGUGAGGUUUGUCAACAACCUGAGUGUGGAAAAUGUAAAGCCUGUAAGGAUAUGGUUAAAUUUGGUGGUAGUGGACGGAGCAAACAGGCUUGCCUAGAGAGGAGGUGUCCCAAUAUGGCCAUGAAGGAGGCAGAUGAUGAUGAAGAAGUCGAUGACAAUAUCCCAGAGAUGCCAUCACCCAAAAAAAUGCAUCAAGGAAAGAAAAAGAAACAGAACAAGAAUCGGAUCUCUUGGAUUGGAGAAGCAGUCAAGACUGAUGGAAAGAAAAGUUAUUAUAAGAAAGUGUGUAUCGACUCAGAGACCCUGGAAGUAGGGGACUGUGUAUCUGUUAUCCCAGAUGAUUCUUCAAAACCACUAUACUUAGCAAGAGUCACAGCAUUGUGGGAGGACAGCAGUAAUGGACAGAUGUUUCAUGCCCACUGGUUUUGUGCUGGGACAGACACUGUCCUUGGAGCCACGUCAGAUCCCCUGGAGCUGUUCCUGGUAGAUGAAUGUGAGGACAUGCAGCUUUCAUACAUUCACAGCAAAGUGACGGUCGUCUAUAAAGCUCCAUCAGAAAACUGGGCCUUGGAGGGUGGCAUGGAUCCUGAGAUCAUGAAGAAGGAGGAUGAUGGGAAGACCUAUUUCUACCAGAUGUGGUAUGAUCAGGACUAUGCCAGAUUUGAGUCCCCUCCCAAAACUCAGGCAACGGACGACAACAAAUAUAAGUUCUGUGCGAGUUGUGCCCGUCUGGCUGAAAUGAGGCAAAAAGAAAUCCCCAGGGUCAUGGAGCAGCUCGAGGACUUGGAUGGCCGGAUUCUCUACAGUUCAGCCACCAAGAAUGGCAUCCAGUAUCGAGUGGGUGAUGGCGUGUAUCUCCCCCCGGAGGCCUUCACGUUCAACAUCAAGCUGUCUAGCCCUGUGAAGCGCCCACGGAAGGAGCCUGUGGAUGAAGAACUGUAUCCGGAGCAUUACCGAAAAUACUCUGAUUACAUCAAAGGCAGCAACCUGGAUGCCCCAGAGCCAUACCGAAUUGGCCGCAUAAAAGAGAUCUUUUGUAUCAAGAAGAGCAAUGGUCGACCAAAUGAGGCAGACAUCAAGAUCCGACUUAAUAAGUUUUACAGGCCAGAGAACACGCACAAGUCCACCCCGGCAAGUUACCAUGCGGAUAUUAAUCUGCUUUAUUGGAGCGAUGAGGAGGCUGUGGUAGACUUCAAGGCUGUGCAGGGCCGCUGCACUGUGGAAUAUGGGGAGGACCUGCCCGAGUGUCUGCAGGAUUUCUCCGCGGGUGGCCCAGACCGCUUCUACUUCCUCGAGGCCUAUAAUGCCAAGAGCAAAAACUUUGAAGAUCCUCCAAACCAUGCCCGUAGCCCUGGAAAUAAAGGCAAAGGGAAGGGAAAAGGAAAAGGCAAAGCAGCAAAGUCUCAGACAUCUGAGCCAAGUGAACCAGAAGCAGAAAUAAAACUGUCUAAACUGCGGACCCUGGAUGUGUUCUCUGGCUGUGGGGGUUUGUCUGAAGGAUUCCACCAAGCAGGCAUCUCUGAAACACUGUGGGCCAUUGAAAUGUGGGACCCCGCAGCCCAGGCGUUCCGACUGAACAACCCCGGGUCCACGGUAUUCACAGAGGACUGCAACGUCCUGCUGAAGCUGGUCAUGGCUGGGGAGACCACCAACUCCCACGGCCAGAAGCUGCCUCAGAAGGGAGAUGUGGAGAUGCUCUGUGGCGGGCCACCUUGCCAAGGCUUCAGUGGCAUGAACCGCUUCAACUCACGUACCUACUCCAAGUUCAAAAACUCCCUGGUGGUCUCCUUUCUCAGCUAUUGUGACUACUACCGGCCUCGCUACUUCCUCCUGGAGAAUGUCAGGAACUUUGUCUCCUUCAAGCGUUCCAUGGUCCUGAAACUCACCCUCCGCUGCCUCGUGCGCAUGGGCUAUCAGUGCACCUUUGGCGUAUUGCAGGCUGGUCAGUAUGGCGUGGCCCAGACACGGAGGCGUGCCAUCAUACUGGCCGCCGCCCCUGGAGAGAAGCUCCCCCUGUUCCCAGAGCCACUGCAUGUGUUCGCACCCCGGGCCUGCCAGCUCAGCGUUGUGGUGGAUGACAAGAAGUUUGUCAGCAACAUAACCAGGCUGAGUUCAGGUCCUUUCCGAACCAUCACAGUUCGGGACACGAUGUCUGACCUCCCUGAGAUCCGGAAUGGAGCUUCCUCACUAGAGAUCUUGUACAAUGGGGAGCCCCAAUCGUGGUUCCAGAGGCAGCUCCGAGGAUCACAGUACCAGCCCAUCCUCAGGGACCACAUCUGUAAGGACAUGAGUGCGUUGGUGGCCGCCCGAAUGCGGCACAUCCCUCUGGCCCCGGGCUCAGACUGGCGUGACCUGCCAAACAUAGAGGUGCGGCUCUCUGAUGGUACCAUGGCCAGGAAGCUGCGGUACACCUACCAUGACAGGAAGAACGGAUGCAGCAGCACUGGGGCCCUCCGGGGGGUCUGCUCCUGUGUGGAAGCGGGCAAAGCCUGUGACUCCACUGCCAGACAGUUCAACACCCUCAUCCCCUGGUGCCUGCCUCACACUGGGAACAGGCACAACCACUGGGCUGGCCUCUAUGGACGGCUGGAAUGGGAUGGCUUCUUUAGCACAACUGUCACCAAUCCUGAGCCCAUGGGCAAGCAGGGCCGUGUGCUCCACCCUGAGCAGCACCGUGUGGUGAGUGUGCGGGAGUGUGCGCGCUCCCAGGGCUUCCCAGACACCUACAGACUGUUUGGCAACAUCCUGGAUAAGCACCGGCAGGUGGGUAAUGCUGUGCCACCGCCCUUGGCCAAAGCCAUCGGCUUAGAGAUCAAGCGCUGUAUGUUGGCCAAAGCUCGAGAGAGUGCCUCAGCUAAAGUCGAGGAGAAAACUACAAAGGACUAGUUUUGCCUUCCUGUCGCCCUUAUUUCUGGCACCAGGGAUCCCCAACGUGCACUGAUGUUGUUGUAUUUUUAACAUGUUGAUCUGUCAGUUCAAAUGUGUUGUACACGGUGUUUGUGGCCUUGACUGACAUGAAACUGUUCUGUGAGGUUUGUUUAUCGACUAAUAACUUAGUGAUCAAACUGUGCAGUACUUUGUGCAUCUGGAUUUUAAAAGUUUUUUAUUAUGCAUUAUAUCAAAUCUACCACUGUAUGAGUGGAAAUUAAGACUUUAUGUAGUUUUUAUAUGUUGUAAUAUUUCUUCAAAUAAAUCUUCUCCUAUAAACCACCCUAGGUGGUGACUUGUGAUUUAUGAGGACUUCUGUUAUACCUCACCUGAGGCUGGAUGAGUAUGGGCUCCUCGGUACUGAGGGUGACCCCAGAGACAAUUAUCUGUAAUAUCAUUCCAUGUGUCCCUGUGUGUUUGGCAUAGGGGUUGACUUGUAUGACUCAGGUCUGAUAAUAAGAUGCAAGUAGAACUUGCUAGUGUGCUUUCCCGGCAAGACUUCCUAAAGGAACAGUCUUAGUUGGCCUUCCCCAUAACCGUGGAGCCCUCCUUUGAUCUGGAGUGGGCUGUGGUUCUGGUGGUGCAGUAGCCAUCUUGUGAACAUGAGGAUAGAAGUCCUGGCCUGCUGUCCCCAAACAGACUUCAUCUUUGUUUAAAAAAUUGUUAGGUGAACUUUCUGUGCUUUUUUAGCCUCACUCAAUUCUACUGAAUUAUAAGAUCAACAGUUCUUUCCUUUAGUUUGUCUUUUGGAAAGGACUUGCUAUAAAAUGCCAGCUAAGCAGAAGUAUAUAAAGCAUCAGUGACCAUUCACAAUUUGGAGGGCUAGUUGGUAGGAUGUUAAGUAACAACUGCAUCUGUACUUUCAUAAUGGUGCACUUGGUGGCAACUCAACAGUUAUUUUACACUCAGUGAGUUACAGAAGUCUUAGUCACAAAACUGAGGACUAAGUGUAAUUUGAAUGCAAAGUCAACUUACUUCCUUAGGUAAUUAGGUAUUGACUUUCUGCUAUUAUAAGUAGCAGAACAGAAUAUAAGUAAAUAGCACUGAAUAUCCUUAUAUAUUCUCUUCCAGCUCCCUCAGGGAAAUAUAGAGAGGUUGGUCCCUGGAUCAUAAGUAUAAAUGUUUUUAUAUUUCUCUUCAGAACAUGUCUCUGAAGGGCUUAACAGUGUCUCACCAACAGUGCCAGCUUGACUUUGGCUUUUAAUCCUUGUCAACUGCAUAGUGGACAUCUUGUCAGCAUUUUUUAAUAGUGACUCAACAUUUCUUGUCUAGUAGCCAUGAAUUUGUUCCUUAUUUCCAUAAUGAUAUGUGACUGUCCUUGCUGGGUGCUGUUUGAGCAGUAGAGAUUUACCCUUAUGUUUUAUAUUGGUUCAUCUCUCUACUACAUAGAGAUUUUAAUUUAUAUUUGUCUGCUUUUCUGUUUCUUAGAGCCUAUUUGAAAGACCAUCCCUCAUCCCAGGCCAUAAAUUGGUGUUUUCUUGUACAUUUGACAUCUCAUUUUAACAUGUAAACCACUUUCCUAAGGACAAAAAUAGGGAUCUUAGUUUAUUUUUUGUACAGGUAACAAAUAUACAUGGUAAAUGACAGUGCAAUAUAGUACAAGGUAAAGUUUUUCCAUCAAGUUUACUUUAAGUAUAAAAAUAUAUUCUUUUAAUUUUAAGAACCACUAAAAGUAUAUAGUGAGUAUAAUGAAAAGUAGGUCUUCCACAUCCACAGACACCUUGAUGACUAAAUCCUUUCAAGGAUUGACUCCUUCCAAAGUCAUUCUAAGCCUGAGUCAAAGCACGUGUCUGUCUCUUCUCUGCUACAAAUGUGCCAUAGAUUAAAACUGCCUUAAAGGAUGUCCUACCUAGGAAUGUCUCACUGGUGACCCAUUUUUUUUUUUUUAAUGAAGUCUAAUAUGAAAUGCACAAGUUCUAAAUGUACAAUUUGAAUUUUGAUAAAUGAAUACAACCCUAAAACCCACAUCCUUAGCAAGCCAUAGAACAUUUCCAUCACUCACUUUCCCCUUGCCAAUAGGCAAUGCUCUGGUCCAAUUAAUUUUGUUGCCAUGGAUGACUUGCUGGUUCAGUUCAGUGUGCGCUCUUUGUCCAGCAUACAUUUUGGGGAGUUCAUCCAUGUUCGUGUGUAUGGUACUUCCCUUUGCUAAGCAGAAGAAUGCCCCAUUUUAAACUUUAUCUUUUUGUGCUUGGAAGCAACUACUGUCCCUCAAUUAGGCAUUUGGUCAAACUGUGCAGACACUUGUACAUGUGGGUGGGUCCCCAUCUACAAAACAUUUCUGGUAGUUGAAUAUCUGAGCCAAACUUUAUUUUUUAUCAUUUUUCAUUCUGUUGUAUUUGUAUGAGAAGGUGGAUGGAUGUUAGCUGAACCUAUUGUGGUAAUAUUUUCACAAUAUACAUACAUCAAACCAGCAGGCUGUGGAUUCAAACAGUGAUGCAUGCCAAUUAUUUAUCAAUAAAACCUGAAGAUAAAAAAAAAAUUCU